AUGAUGCCAAGUGCUGGCCAGCGUCCUACAGACCCGGACAUCCUUGUCGUGGAGGCGUGGGGACAAGGAUUUUUGGUGGGCUCCCUUGUUGUCAUGAUUGCCCUCACCGCGGCCAACAUGAAAAAAGGGGGCUGGUAUCUUUCGGUUACGGCUGUCGGCCUCACAAUUUCGCACUCCCUCCACAACGUGAUCGCAUGGAUGAAGAUUCGCGGCUUCUUCACCCCCUGGGGCACGCGACUCUAUCUGAUCACCCUGCUGGCGGCCCAGCCGUACUGGGUCGUCGAGAUCUAUGCCAAUUUUGCCUUUUUCAAUCGGGGCCAGGCCUUAUAUACCACCACUCGGCCACUCGAGCCGCUGUUCCGGGACCCUUGGUGGAUCUUCACUACCUGCUUUCUCCUAUACAUCAUCCAGCGGGGUUAUGGGUGUUCGCUGGUGCAGCUGAUCCGCAUCAGCCCACGUUUCGGCGUCAUGCUCAUGUUCAUGGUGAUUUCCAUCGUGUUUGCGGUGGUGGACAUGUGUGCAACCCGAGUCGAGAAUCGCCUAGGCUGCCCCCCGGGAAUGGAGCCGUUCUGGAAGCUGGCGUUUGUUUUCAACGCCCUGAAUCGACUGCGCUAUCACUAUCACCCGGACGCGCCCCCACCGCAGGAGACCACGCACGCUCGUGGUCGAAGCACAAAUAGGCUUGUGGAAUGUGUGCCCGAGGCAUCUAUCAAACGCCCUGAUCCAGUAUGUCGUCCACCUGACAUGGUGUAA